UGUCAUGUGAUAGGCUUCGUUUGUAGUAGUAGCUGACAGAAGCAGUCAGCGAGAAAUAGAAACAAAGAAAGAAGUUUGAUUCCUUUCCUGUGGACUCAGACAGGGUCUGUUUCUCCUAUUAUAGCAAUAGUUCCCCGGGUGGAGUAGUUGGAGAUUGGGUUCGCGUACCUGGCAGACCGCCGAACGCCCAGCGGACGCCAUGGGUUGUUGUUACAGUAGCGAGAACGAGACCACGGAGCAGGACCCUGACGAGCGUAAGCCGCUGAUCCCCCACCCGAACCCCGACAGCAAGCCCCUCAACGGCACAGAAUGGAACUCCAAUGUACCCUCAGCCCGCACAGACGAACAGGCCUUACUCACAUCCAUCCUUACCAAGACAGCUCUGAACAUCAUCGACGUCUCGGCUGCGGACUCACAAGGCAUGGAGCAGCAUGAGUACAUGGACAAAGCUCGGCAAUACAGUACAAAACUGGCCUUGUUGAGUAACAGUCUGUCUCAGAAGAAGCCCCUCCCUCUCCCUUCACUCACCAYCCAGCCGCACCAAGUGCUCGCUAGUGAUCUGGUGCCAUARUCGGAUGUACAACAGGUGUCCAAGAUAGCUGCCUAUGCUUACAGUGCAAUCUCUCAGAUCAAGGUGGACGCUAAAGAAGAGCUAGUGGUUCAAUUUGCCAUCCCCUGAUCUGCCCUCUGGCCUCCAUAAUACUCCUCCCGUCCUGUCCCCAAUGCCCACACUGCAUCUAUGUGUCCCAGUCCCUGUGCUACCCAGCUAUGCCACCAGGAACCUGCUGAGGACUAUGACAACCAGGCCUCCCCUGCUGAAAGGGUUAACCCACCUUGCCCUGCACCCCUCAGAACCACCUUUCAAAGCCACCAUUCAUCCUUCUUUCACCAGCCGUCAAAUGUUAUGGCAGUAUAAUGGUGUUAGGGAAGUCUUUGUUUUUGUUAUUUUAAAUGUUGUUGUUUGAAGAGUGACUGAGUCUGACUGAAUAAACGGUUAGCUAGCUGCAUGGCUAGGCUGCUGGUGGUGUUAGCGCUGGCUGUGAGUUAUUCAGGAGUAGCUAACCUCGUCUGAUAUGCAGCUCAUGUAACUAACUAACUAACCACAGCUAGGAAAAGAGGGUGAUUAUGCAUGUCCAAAUGUAGCACAGGAACAGGGUUAAAAAAGAUGUCCACAGCCAGCCAACCCACUACGGUGAGCAUGGGGAUGCUGUUCUGACACUUUGUGGACCGGUCACCCAGAACACACAUCCCACCCCUCAUGUCAUCAAUAUGAAUUUCUAGAAAGAGCCCUCACUAUAGUGUUCCUUAUCUUUGUUCAAAUCCUUAGAUUGACCUAAUGUAAGACAACUGGGUUGUGCAGGUUUAAAAACAGGAGGGACUUAGUUCAACUAUAGUACCUAAGUUCAAAUCUGAUAUGACCCGUAUGAGUCUUCUCUUGAGUUCAGCUCAUGUUGGCAGAGUGCAGGGGUGAAUGGGGGGUGGGGACAGCGGUUGGAAUCCACAUGGGUUUCUCUGAUUUCUGGGGGAAACAUGCUUAGCACUUCAAUAAUUUAGCUGGCAGUCCUUGAAUUCAUAUCUUUAGACUUCACAGAAACAAUACAGCUGGGGGUGGGCACUGGAUGGAACCAGGCUUGGGGGGAGGGGGUGGGUCUAGGUGGGGGGAGGGUUUGGGGGCUUGUAAUGUAAAUGAAUCAGUGAAGUGUUGAUGCCUUCUAUGUACAGAUUUAUGUGAUUCCGUCAGAAGCAAGAAAUGGAUUGUAUGCACCUCCCCAUUGUAGAGUCUGUUGGUCAGGAUUGGCUAAAGCUCCAAUGAAGUUGUUUUAGGAGCCAAUCAUAACUAAGGAUACAGCAGCCCAUUUUUUAUGACAUAAAAGGAAAAAAACUUAACACCCAAGUUUGUUUGAAUUUUUAAACAAAACUGAUUGUGACGAGUUACUCACAUUAACCAGGAACUGAAAGCUGUCAUGGCAGUUUGAGAUAAACAACCAUAACCUGUGAGUAUCACCUAAAUUAAAAUGAUCAGAGGCGUUGUAAUUAUUUAUUUAUGUUUUAAGUGUAUUUAUGCUCCGGGGUGAGUGUGUUUGUGGGUGGGUGCCUCUCUGGGGUCUUUAAAGGGAUGAUCUACAAGGCCGUGUUUAUUUUCCACUUUUUGCAGUGUGCUUGUUUUGUUACUUCAGUGUGCAAUAGUACCAGGAUAACAUUGUUCAUUUCUUAGGCUAGUACCAAAAGGUUUAUUAAGAUAUACUGUUAAUACAUUUUUUUCCCCCAAUUAAUGAAUUCAUUAAAGACUUUCAACCAUAA